GACUAGCUCAAGAAAGGUUGAGAGAUAAACACUAAAACACAGAAAAAAAAAAAACAAGAGAGAGAGAUUUGAGAGCUCAGAACUGAGUGUGAUUUUGGUUUUCCUUUGAUUUGUUUACAAUCCCCCCCCUCUGUGAUUCCCCGCUUCUCUGAAUCCCUUUCUGUUAAUCAUCUGUCUUUUAGAAAAAUCUGAUUUUUGGGUUUGUUUUCAAAACAACUAAAACAAAAAAAUGGUUCAAAAGCAAACUUAGAAGGAUUUCUCGAAAGCCAGGUGUUUUCAGAAUCGAGAUCCAGGUUUUUUUUAACUGUAUUUUCUCGUAAAUUUUAGAAGAUCUGUUUUUUUUUUUUAGUUGAAUCAGCUUGUAGGGAUAUUUUUUGUUCCCUUAAGGUUGGUUUUUAGGUUCUUGAAAUUGAAGGGGUUGUGUAUUUUAAACCUCUUUGAUAUAUAUAUAAAUAUAUAUUUUUAUAAAAAUUUACCUGUUCUUAAUUUUAACGAGAACCAGGUUGGUUUUUAUUUUUCUUUCUUUGUUAACAGAUUUAUUUUAGUUUGUGAUCUUAUCAGUUUUAGUGUUUUGGAAGAUAUGGCAGCUACAAUGGAUUUCUACAGUAGCGGACCUCUUCAAUCAGACUCCUUUGGGGGUGAAUUAAUGGAAGCACUGGAACCUUUUAUGAGAAGUGCUUCUUCUUCUUCAUCAACAACACCUUCUCCUUCUCAUAACCCUUCUCCCUCUCCCUCUCCUUCUCCCUCUUAUUCUUCUAUCUCCUCUACUUCUUACAACAAUUUCCUCUCUUUUUCUCCUUUCCCAACAACCGCAUCAUUACCAGAGCCCAAUUUGUACCCUGAUGCUUGCUCCACAUCGUCAGCCCAUCUCUUUUCAAACGGGUUCUCGAUCCAAGACCCUUUACUAGGUCUUCAGCAGCAGCAAGGUUCAAUUGGGCUCAACAACCUCACCCAGUUCCAAAUCCAACAGAUCCAAACUCAGAUGAACCUCCAAAACCAGAUUCCAAACCAGAUUUUCUGGCAACAACCACAACAACCGCAACAAAGUCAUCACCUUAACUUUCUUUCUCCAAAGCCCGUCCCAAUGAAGCAAGUGGGUUGUCCACCAAAGCCCGCAAAACUCUACAGAGGAGUGAGGCAGCGACAUUGGGGCAAAUGGGUAGCCGAGAUCCGACUCCCCAAGAACAGGACCCGGCUCUGGCUUGGAACUUUUGACACUGCUGAAGAAGCCGCCUUGGCUUACGACAAAGCCGCCUAUAAGCUACGUGGCGACUUCGCAAGGCUCAACUUUCCUAACCUCCGACAUAACGGGUCCCACAUCGGUGGCGAAUUCGGCGAGUACAAGCCUCUCCAUUCCUCGGUUGAUGCGAAAUUGACAGCUAUCUGUGAAAGUUUAGCUGAGUCGCAGAAACAGGGGAAAAGAGAGAAGCAAAGUACCUCUGCUGAGAAGAAACGUCACCGUUUGGGAACAACCGCAUCUGUGGUGAAGGAAUCAGAGAAAGUUGCAACCAGUUCGGAUAAUUUGAGCAUGGGCGGUGGUGAGGUGGAAGCUUGUGUUAAGGUUGAGAGUGGUUCGAGUGAUGGGUCAGCAGGUUCAUCUCCUUUGUCGGAUUUGACGUUUCAGGAUAAUACAGAACCGUGCUGGGAUGUCGUUUCGGAGAAUUUUAUGUUGCAGAAGUACCCGUCUUAUGAGAUUGAUUGGGCUUCAAUUUUAUCUUAGAUCUAGUUGUGUAAUGUUAUUGUUAAUGUUGUAAUGUAGAUUCUAGGGUGUUUAGUGGCUGCUGCAAUGAAGUUUUUGGCAGUUGCAGAGCCAAGUCUACUCUGUGUGUUCUAGUUAUGAUUAUGAUUAUCAUGUUAAUAUGAUGUAACAUCUCCCAAGUGGUCAGCUGGUUUUAGUCAUGCUGAACCAGGGAGAGUUUGUGUUUCUUUGUUUAUGUAUCCAAUUAAUAAAUUAGCGUCUUGUAAUUGAAGUCUUUUAUGGUGUUCAAGUUUCAGUGGUAA